CUGGCGUUUCCCGAAGCCGACAGCCGAAACAUGGCAGCAAGACUCGUUCCGUACCGCGGAAAGGUGCCCGACGCGAUUCGUACCAAGAUUGACGACACGAUCGGGCGCACAAUGUACCUCGUACAAACAACGGGUCCGACCAACUAUGUCAUUCAAGAGCAAAAUAGCUCGGUCAAGUUCCGCGUGCUCAUCGGCGCAGUUCAAUCGUGCACGUGCGGCGACAAAGAUGUGUGCUGCCACCUCCUCUUUGUUAUGUUGAAGAUACUGCGCGUGCCGCGGACCAAUCCUGUCGUGUGGCAAAAGUCGCUCAUUGAUUCAGAGAUUACAACGCUCCUCAGCGGUGGGUACAGCGAAGAAACGAGUGCGCGCGCAAAACCUGCUUUCUUGCGCCGAAAGUUAGCCCCCGAGACACCCGAGGUCGACGAGACGACAAAAAAACAAGUUGCGACCCGACAUGCGCUUGUCGAGGGUGAAGUAUGCGCGAUUUGCCAAGAAGAAAUGGUCGAGAGCGAGAAAAACCUCACGUACUGCAAGCACGGCUGCGGCAACAACUUCCACAUCGACUGCAUGAAGGUGUUUGGGGAGAGCCGUAAACAAUCGAAAGAACCGAUCAGCUGCCCACUAUGCCGCCACGACUGGGGGGACUCGGCACUCACGGAGUUGAAGAAGGAAGCCGACAUCUCGAACCGCAACCCACUCGUGCACACUGGCACGACAUGCAAACAGUGCCAGACCAAGCCAAUUCGCUGCAACCGAUAUCGUUGUCUCCAGUGCAAGCACACGGACCUAUGCGAGCGCUGCUUUAAGAGCAACGCCCACGCCAAGCACUCGUUUGUGCUACGCAAGGCACACAAAGGCACGUGGUUUCCAGCGCUGCGGUCUCUCCGGGACGCACUGCUAAGUCCUCAAGCGAUAAACGACCUUGAAGGCCGAGAGCUUUCUCACGCCGACUAUGACCUUCUCUGCGAGCUCGAUGCAGCCGAAAAGUACCCACUGCAAGACUAUCUCAUGGCCAAUCUCGUCGGCGACAAGUUGGGUGCUGCACAAGCGAAAGAGUGGGCACCAGCGAAUCCCGAUGUGAGCAUCUGGUGUACACUGUGUACGCAAGGCCUGCGCAUGUCAAUGGACAUACGCCAACUACCGUGCCAUCACACGUUCCAUGAGAGCUGCUUGCUACAGCAUGUCCUUGCUCAGAAAUACCACUGUCCGAUCGAGCACUGCCCCCACGUGCUGUUCCCAGGCCUUGCCAACGAAGGAGGUGCUUUGGCAAAGAAAGAGCGCAAAAUCGAGCCUGCGGCAUCAUCGACUGCGUUGCCACCGAUUGGACUCAUGUCGGUCGUGUCACUGAUGAAAAAGCCCAAUGGCACGAUCGAGCCGCUCACUGGAAUACGAAGGCCAUCGGAGCCUCAGACCACCGACCCCGCACGCAGGCACAAAGCCCAUGCGCUCAAGCCACUUUCGACCAGCAACCAACAAGAGAACGACCUUGCGGGCAUCGUGACGGCAAGCGCGUGUCAAGCACCCGCACGACCCGGAACGCCGCCUGGCCAUGGACUGAGAAAGUCGACGCGUGUACUACCCCACAUGCCCGGCGCCUUUCAAGGAUCGAUCGUCACCAGCGACAACCGUGUCGAGGAUGACGCGUCCUCCUCGCGCCUCCGCUUGCCUGCACUAGGAUCAAAGGAACCGUCACUCUCACCCACCGCAACGCGUCUCGCCCAAGCACAAGUUACACGAGACUUGAACCGGGCGCAAUCCCAGGAUCGCAAGCGACGGCAAAAGAUCGCGCUGGUUGAGCGCAAGCAGCAGCACGCACCAGGUCCGUCAUCGCUGCUGCCAUUGCAGGUUGGGCCGCAAGCGACAACCAUUGACGAGACGAGCCGCCAAGAGCGCGUCGCCCAAGCCACACUCGAGAAGCAGAUCAAAGUUAAGGCCGAGCGCGAGCGCAAGCAUGAGCUUGCCAAAUUCCGCCGACAAGAACAAGCCGAUCGCGAACGGUGUCCGCUUUCAUUGGGCUAAAGAAGCCAAUCGUUGAAGUGUACUCAUC